GAGUCGGCCCAGCGGAACUGUGAGGGAGACGACGGAGAAAGAAAACGAGAAAGGGGAAUUCCCCUUGAAGCGUGCAGCGCCAUCGGCCAGCCAGCGUCAGCUUCUCGCUCCGCCGAGAGCACGCGACGCGACAUGUUGGUGACAGUGGAGUUUUUUGUUGCUGCAGUUCGUGACAGUGGAGCAGUGGCGAGUAGGUAUGAUCAUACUGUGAACCUGGCAGCGUGCAGUCGCCGUCGCACUCUGCAACUGCGUCCGCCUUUAUAACCGACCGACUUCGUGUCGUUGAAUCGAUCGCGAGAAAAAAAAGUUUUCCGAUAAUUUACGCGUUGCUAAAUGCUGCGCGGCGUUGCAAUGUUUUGCUUACGCAGUCAAAAAAAUCCCAAGGGAUUCGCUGCUCACGUGAGCAUUCAGACGGUGCUCGUAUUCUGUCCUCAGCCCUGAGGCAAGUGGUACAAAUUCCACGGGAUGAAUUGUCUACAAAGUGCUACUCAUUUUAUUGAUCCCAGAGGGAUGAUUGGCUGAGUAACUGGAGUGAAUGCAUUUGUUAGAAAAUCUUGAUGCCUACGUGUGAUAAUGUUGUAGCUGCAGCAUUACGGCGUUGCUUAUGUUGUGUGCUGAACAUCAUCCACUUUGCUGACCCUAUUGCUGUGUUAUUCCAGGCCCAACACUUUGCAAGUAUUUGCGUGCAGUCUUUAAAAAACUGUGAACUAAAUGUAAAUAUGUUAGACGUUCAAAAAAGUCAAACCACGCCCGGCGAACGCGAAUGAUGGACUCGGACUCCUUUGGACAAUGGCAGAAAGACGUUCGGUGCAUCGCAAAGAAACGGGACGGGCCGGCGAGAUGCGACGACGACGACGACCGGUCGACGAGGUGCCAAGCGAACAAACCCCGGAACCGCCUCCUGCUCCUGAGGACGACGCCCAUGCCAGAGUUCCUUCCACGGGGGGUUCCGCUGUGGGGAAUAAAGCCGGCAAAACGAGAAAAUCAAAGGCCGCCGUUUGUGCGAGAAGGAAGCUGCGAGCGAGGGCGCGGUGUAAAGAUCCACCUCAUCAAGAAGGAACGAAAAUUAAGACGUCGUCGCCUGAAGAUGACGCGACGCAACUGUGCGCGGACGGGCUCCGGGCCUCCAGCACGGGCACCACGGACUCGCCCCGAGACAACGCCGACAGCGUUCAAACACAAACGCUGCCCGCGGCGGACGUCCGCAGCGAGCCGUCUUCGGCAGCCGCGAUGAAAGCUCUGGACUCUCGCCAGCGCAAAGCCGCCCUCCCGCUGCGCAAGAUAAGAUGUUUGGCGAAUAACGACUUGAGGGAUGCGAGCGGAACAAAACCCACCGAACAAAAGCGCGGAGCCCGGGGGACCGCCGAUCACCAGAAGAGCGUGGGCCCGCGGGACGUCGUCGCCGACCGCCAAGGGGGCUCGGCGGGCGCAAGCGGCACAGCCGCCCUGUCGCCGGGCCGCACCGCGCCGGCACAUUGGCGCAGGCUCGUACCGAGGAAGACGCCGGCCGCGCCGGUUGGAGGGCUGCGCUGCGCUCCACCACGCUACUCGGGUUUGCCCAUUGUACCCACGCUCGUGCCAGCCAAGGUCUUCUUGGCCUCCUCCGGCUUCGCCGCUCCCCGGCCACCGUCCCUUCCGCACGAACACCCCCACUCGGACAUCGCCAUCGCAGCCAAACCCGACGAAGACGGAGACACGGCGCUACACAUCGCUGUGGUGCAGCAGAAUGUGCAAAUGGUAAACAAGAUCGUGCAGCUCUUCCACAUGGGCCGGAUCAGCCUGGAUGUCUGCAACCACUUACACCAGUCGCCGCUGCACCUGGCCAUCAUCACGGGGCAGGAGGCGCUCGUGGCCGUGCUGCUGAGUGGAGGAGCUUCCCCCGCUGCCCUGGACCGUCAUGGCAUGAAUGCUGUGCACCUGGCGUGCAGCGCCGGCCAAACCCACGUGCUCGCCCUGCUGCUCGCCCAGCCAGCCUGCCGAGGGCUCCUCAACAGCCACGACUUUUCCGGGAUGACUCCACUGCACGUGGCAGUGAAGGGAAGUUGCGUCAGUGCUGUGUCCCGUCUGCUUGAGAAUCAAGUCAAUGUGGACGCCUUAGAUUGGAAAAACGGAUCCUCUGCUUUAAUCUACGCAGUGGAAAAUGACAACAUAGAGAUUGUAGAACUUCUAAUCAAGCAUGGUGCGAAUGUGAACCAGCAGACGUACGGUGGCAAUGCAGCCGUGCACGUGGCGAGUGGCCGGGGCCUGCUAGAGAUCACGCACCUCCUCGUGAGGCACGGCGCCAACGUUGGACUCAAGAACACGCAGAAUGACAAUGCCUACACGGUCACCACCAACCAGCAGGUAAUCGAUAUUUUAAAAGGAAGAACCGCCAAACCUCACGUGACGGGUUCUGAUAAAUUGUCAUUGGACAGUCAACACGGUGGCAACGCUCCAAACAAACCGCGUGAUCUCCCAAACGGUCCCGCGACCACCAGCGUGUUGAUCAACCGAGCAAGCCAGACUGACGAGCCAACAAUGAGUGUACCAUCAUCACCCCGUCAAAAUUCUCCUGUGCAAAACACAAGGCAGCCUGUGGAUGGCAGCAAACAAGGCGAAGAGACGAGUGCUUCAAAUACAGAGGGAAGUGUUACCGGGGCGCCAUCUACUGGAGAAGCGACUAAGUCCAUUGUCCAGGGACGAAUAAUUAUGAAACGUGCAACUGCAAAGACGACGCGACCAUGUGUGGUGGUUUCCUCCUCUGCAGAUUCUAGCGGUGAAGUUAAAGUCAAGCUUCAGUCUGCCAUACGAUCCAGAGUAGCAACGGCAACCUUCAAAACGACCCCGGGCACUUUAUCGCAGCCAGCACAGGUCCCGUCCAUCGUGACCUUGCAUCCAGUGACCCCCGUGAUAAACGUUGUGACCACUUCGAACUCGACUGCCUCGAAAGCUGCAAAUGCAUCUCACACUUUGACGAAAACUACACCUUCGGUCAAGGAGCCUUAUAUCUCCUUCACAAAAGAGUGGCUGGCAACCGCAAAGGUAACGCCGCCACCUAAAUGUAUAGCCACAUCAGUCAUAACCAAACGGCUUGAACUUGAACCCAACCAAAGUUCUAAAGAUCCAUGCACCCUACAACUCGAACCCAGACAAAGUUCUAAAGAUCCAUGCACCCUACAACUCGAACCCAACCAAAGUUCUAAAGAUCCAUGCACCCUACAACUCGAACCCAACCAAAGUUCUAAAGAUCCAUGCACCCUACAACUCGAACCCAGACAAAGUUCUAAAGAUCCAUGCACCCUACAACUCGAACCCAACCAAAGUUCUAAAGAUCCAUGCACCCUACAACUCGAACCCAACCAAAGUUCUAAAGAUCCAUGCACCCUACAACUCGAACCCAAACAAAAUUCUAAAGAUCCAUGCAAGUCUAUCAUUCCAAAAGACGUAACCACUCAAGCAUCCUAAAGGGAUGUAUUUCUUUUACAAUGUGUAUACAAUUCUAGAUUUGAAGCUUUCGUGACUGCAAGGAUUCAUACUCUUUGGUUUUUUGAUGCAGCUAUCUUGCUGUGACUGUUCCACCUGAAGACGGAAGCUUGUGUUGCCUCCGAAACGUCAUGAUUUAAUUUAGUUUUCUUUUGUUUUAAAUUUUAUUUUACCUACGUGACUUUACCGACAAAACCAAAGAGUAAUGUGUAUACAAACGAGUGUAGUAUUGAUGCAUUGUUUAGUUUUUGUAAUAACGUGCUGUCCAGAUUAUAAGACACUUUUAUUCUCUUUUUUACCAAAAAUUGCGGCUGCCUCACAGUCUGGCUAUGUAUGAAUGUGUUAAUGUGUAUUUGUUCUUGUAAGAGUGUGUGAGCAGAUUUGUGUAACGUUAUUUCCACUGGGCACAAGUUUAAAGUAUAUAGUACCUUCUGGAGUAUACCUUAAUCUGGAGAAUACGGAACAUGUGCAUUUUAUCAUUGCAUUGUUGUGUGGUCAUGUAUAUAUGAUGCAAGUACUGUGUAUUUAAUGUCGCGAUAUUUGUUAUAAAGUAUUGUCAGUUUUGAGA